AUGGAUUCUGGUACUACCCUUCCCACCGUCGUCGCACCCGUCAGCGCGGUGCGGGCGUCUGUCGACGAGAAAGCGCUCGAUGAGAAGACCCAGCUUGACACCAAUACCUCAGAAAAGGCUAUUACUGAAGAUGGCCAUGUGGUACUUCAAGGUCUCGUCAUCCCAACCGAGGAGGAGAAAUCUACUUUAAGGCGUGUUGCUGGCAAGAUGCCGGCAACUUGUUAUUAUCUCUGCGCGGUCGAAUUCGCCGAGCGGGCUUCUUAUUAUGGAUGCAAUCAGGUCUAUAAAAACUUCAUCAGAGCCCCCUUACCUCCUGAUGGCAACGGCAGUGGUGCUACAGCUCCCGGGUCCGAAUAUACUGCCGGAGCUCUUGCAUACGCGCUACCGAUUUACUUCGGUUGGCUCGCCGACACUAAGUACGGCCGCUUCAAGAUGAUUUGCUGGGGUGUUGCGAUAUGUGACAUGCUCUCAAUUGGUGCUGCUCAGUUUAAGCCCAAUAUUUCUCCUACCGUGAUUGACCAAAGUCCUCAUAAAAUCGCCCAUGUCAUCACCGAAAAGAACGGCGAGAAGGUUAUUGUGGACCCCGAGGAAUCUGUCAACAGCGUGAUGUUGUGGUUUUACCUGCUCAUCAAUCUCGGCUCUUGUUUCGGCAUUGCGACGACUUACUUGGCUAAGCUUGUUGGAUACUGGUCGGCAUACUUGAUUCCCACGAUUUUGUACCUGAUGCUUCCACCACUACUAUGGUUUUUGAACCCGCGUCUUAUAAAACAACCUCCGGGAGGUUCAGACUUGGGAAAUGUGUUUAAGGUCCUCGGCGAUAUCUUUGCUCAUGGUGGUUUGAAGCGUAUUGGCCGUACAGGAUUUUGGGAAGCCGGCAAGCCAAGUGUGCGCAAAGCCGCAGGCAGCACGAAAGUAUACACAUACGACGACCAAUUCGUUAACGAUGUUCGAAGGACCUUCCAAGCUUGUGGCAUAUUCCUCUUUUCUCCUAUCUGGCAAAUCAACGACGGUGGUCUUGGUGCCGCUGCCAAUGCCCUCACUGCUGGAAUGGAUACUAACGGUCUCCCUAACGAUCUCUUGGAUAACCUAAACGCUGUCUCUAUUGUCCUAGCGGUACCUUUCAUGAACCAUGUCAUCUACCCGCUUCUACGUAAACGCGGUAUCAAAUGGGGUCCCAUUUCUCGAAUGACCUUCGGGUUCGCGCUUGGCACAACCGGCUCCAUCGCCUAUUCUGUUCUUCAGUACUACGUGUAUAAGACUUCACCCUGCGGUUGGAAUGCUACGACAUGUGCUGAGAUCGUCCCUGUUGGUGAGGUUUCAGUUUCUACUGUUUCUUACGCCUGGUACGCGGUCCCUGUUAUAAUCACUGCUGUUUCGGAAAUCUUCGUGAACGUCACUGCCUACGGUAUCGCCUAUUCGCGAGCUCCUAAGAACAUGAAGGGUCUUGUCGCUUCGCUCAAUCUUUUCAUGACGGCCAUCUCCGCCGCCAUCGGCCUUGCCACCGCACCGGCUAUCAACGACCCCUAUCUCAUCUGGGCGUUUGCCGGACCAACCAUUGCCGGUGCUGUACUUACCGUCGUCUUCUGGUUUACGUUCAAGCAUAUCGAUAAAGAGGAGUUUGUCCUCAAUUCUGACCUUGGCGAUUUAAGGAAGGACUCGGAACGCGAAAGCGACGAAGAGAAAGCCCCCCCGCCGAAGUCAAUCGAUGAGAAGAAAUUAUAA